AUUUGCUUAAAAUCCCACUUCAGAUCUGUUGUUGUGUGGUCACUUAAGUUGGUCUAACUGUUUGCAGUUAUGUCAAGAUUUGUUCUUGUUGAUGUAGUCUCAUAGUUCAGUGAACUUACCUUUGAUUUCGCUAAACUAAGUUUUGAUUUGGGAUUGAGGAUUUCUGACAAAUGUGAAGUGGGAUUUUGCAGAUACUGAGGUUUGGGUUGUCAUUCUUUGAGUUAUUGGUGGAAAUGGGGAGAGAAGUUUUGCUGUCUUUGCUUUCGGUUUUGGCCUUUUGGAGUGUUUGGGUGGUGAAAGCAGAGGAUGCUUACAAGUAUUAUACUUGGACAGUCACUUAUGGAACAGCUUCCCCACUUGGCCCUUCUCAACAGGUCAUCCUCAUCAAUGGUCAAUUUCCUGGUCCGAGGCUUGAUACUGUGACCAAUGACAACAUAAUCCUUAACCUCAUCAAUAAGCUGGACCAGCCUUUCCUUUUGACAUGGAAUGGGAUCAAACAGAGGAAGAAUUCUUGGCAAGACGGUAUGUUGGGAACUAAUUGUGCUAUCCCUCCAAACUCAAAUUACACGUACAAGUUCCAAACUAAGGAUCAAAUUGGUAGCUACACGUACUUCCCAUCGACUCUGAUGCACAGAGCUGCUGGUGGGUUUGGAGUACUUAACAUUUAUGCAAGAUCAGUGAUUCCUGUCCCAUAUGCCAAGCCGGCCGGAGACUUCAGCCUGCUCAUUGGUGAUUGGUACAAGAGCAAUCACAAGGCAUUGCAACAAGUACUUGAUUCAGGGAAACCACUACCUUUCCCUGACGGCAUCCUUAUAAAUGGCCAGAGUCGAUCUUCCUUCAGUGGUGAUCAAGGUAAGACAUACAUGUUCAGGGUAUCAAACCUCGGCUUGUCCACCUCCUUUAACUUUAGAAUUCAGGGGCACAAAUUGAAGCUUGUCGAGGUUGAAGGAUCUCACGUUCUUCAGAACAUGUACGAUUCUCUUGAUGUACAUGUGGGGCAAUCAGUGACUGUCCUGGUCACCUUGGAUCAAUCUCCAAAAGACUACUAUAUAGUCGCAUCUACGAGGUUCACAAAGACGGUCCUCACUGCCAUUGCAGUUCUGCACUAUACUAACUCUCGCGCUGCCAUUUCUGGACCUGUACCAUCUGGCCCGACUGACGACAUUGCCUGGUCCAUGGACCAAGCUCGAUCGUACAGGUGGAACCUGACCUCAAAUGCUGCAAGGCCAAACCCGCAGGGCUCUUUCCACUACGGAAAAAUAACAACAUCAAGGACUAUCGUCCUGGCUAAUUCGGCACCCAUUAUCAAUGGGAAGCAAAGAUAUGCCAUCAAUGGGAAUUCUUUCAUCAACUCUGACACCCCUCUUAAGCUUGCUGAUUACUUCAACAUCCCUGGUGUUUUCAGCAUAAACUCCAUUCAGACCGCUCCAUCUGACAGUUCUAAUAAACUGGCCACAUCUGUGAUGGGAGCUUCUCUCCAUGAAUUCAUUGAAGUUGUCUUUCAGAACAAUGAGGACACGAUCCAGUCCUGGCAUCUCGAUGGUUAUGAUUUUUGGGUCGUCGGAUUCGGGACGGGACAGUGGACACAAGCUAGCAGGAAAGCAUACAACCUUGUUGAUGCUUUGACUAGACACACUACACAGGUAUACCCCAAAUCUUGGACUGCUAUAUUAGUAUCAUUGGACAACCAGGGAAUGUGGAAUUUGAGGUCUGCAAUGUGGGGAAGGCAAUACCUGGGACAGCAAUUUUACCUCAGGGUCUACAAUCCAACACCAAGUCUUGCAAAUGAAUAUGACAUACCUAACAAUGCUCUGCUUUGCGGCAAAGCUGUCGGCAGAAGACAUCCUUAAGUUUAUUUGUUGAGAAUAUUUAUGUUCUUUUUUCCAGUCAUAAGAGGUUGGCUGCUACACACAGGGUCGCUUUAUCUUAGCUCUUUGAAUUUGUACAACCCAAACACAUUAGAUUAGUUAAUCUUAAUUACUUUGUUUACCGAGUGUGCGCAUUUUGGAUAAUGUAAUAUUAUGAGGCUAUGAGUUCGAUUCUUGCUAAUGUUUGUGCCCGUGUAUUUUA